GUGCCUAGUUCUUCUCGUCCUCUGCGUCAGCUAUGGCGGAGGCGAUGGAUGUGGGCAAAGACAACGGGCCCACUCACUCCUCGACUCUGUUCGUGAGGGAAGAUGGCAGCUCCAUAUCCUUCUACGUGCGUCCCAGCCCGGCGAAACGCCGGCUCUCGACGCUCAUCCUGCACGGCGGCGGCACCCUGUGCCGGGUGCAGGAGCCGGGGGCCGUGCUGCUGGCCCAGCCCGGGGAGGCGGCGGCCGAGGCCUCGGGCGACUUCAUCUCCACGCAGUACAUUCUAGACUGCGUGGAGCGCAACGAGAGGCUCGAUUUGGAGGCCUAUCGGCUGGGCCUGGCCCCGGCGGCCGACCGGGCAGCGGAGAUGAAGAGCGGGGCUCCGGCCGAGCGCGCCGCCGUGGAGCCCGAGGGGCCCCCGCUCACGGGGCGGGUCGCCUUCACCGACGCGGACGACGUGGCCAUCCUCACCUACGUGAAGGAACAUGCCCGCUCGACCAGCUCCGUUACGGGCAACGCCUUGUGGAAAGCGAUGGAGAAAAGCGCGCUCACUCCGCACUCGUGGCAGUCCCUGAAGGACCGCUACCUAAAGCACCUGCGGGGCCAGGAGCACAAGUACCUUUUGGGGGACGCCCCCGUGAGCCCGUCCUCCCAGAAACUCAAGCGGAAAGCGGAGGAAGACCCGGAGGCUGCCGACAGCGGGGAACCACAGAAUAAGAGAACUCCCGACUUGCCUGAAGAAGAAGAGGAAGAGGAGGAAGAAGAGGAAGAAGAAUUUGUAAAGGAAGAGAUCAAGGAGAAUGAAGAAGCAGUCAAAAAGAUGCUUAUAGAAGCCACCCGGGGGUUUGAGGAGGUUGUGGUGGAGGAAAGCCCUGAUUUUGAAAUACACAUUACAAUGUGUGAUGAUGAUCCACCCACACCUGAAGAAGACUCAGAAACACAGCCUGAUGAGGAAGAAGAAGGAAAAGUUUCUCCACCAGAAGUAGGAGCUGCAAUUAAGAUCAUCCGGCAGUUAAUGGAAAAGUUUAACUUGGAUCUGUCAACAGUUACACAGGCCUUCCUAAAAAAUAGUGGUGAGGUGGAGGCUACCACCUCCUUUUUAGAGUCUGGUCAGAGGGCUGAUGGGUAUCCCAUUUGGUCCCGACAGGAUGACUUAGAUUUGCAAAAGGGUGAUGAGGAUGCCCGAGAUACAUUGGUCAAAAAAUUUGGUGCUCAAAAUGUAGCUCGGAGAAUUGAAUUCCGAAAGAAAUAAUUGACA